UUUUGGAUUGAUCAAUCUCGAUUACGUUAUUAAGAAGAAGAAAAAUGAUGAAGGGUUAUGUUGUUUGCUUUGUACUUCUCCUCUUUCCAUUCGUCAUGCAUGCAAGGCACAUUGGCAAGCUACACUCCCAUAAUGGGUCUAGCAAGGAGGAAGCAAGUGAGAAACCUGAUUUGUAUGUCGAUCACGAAAGGGCACCAUUGAUGCAUAGAAGAGCUGAUACGCUUCAGAUCGCUGGGUCGAGAUUACCUGAUUGCUCGCAUGCGUGUGGAUCGUGCACACCGUGUCGAUUGGUUAUGGUUAGCUUUGUCUGCUCAUCGCUCGAAGAAGCCGAGACAUGUCCAAUGGCCUACAAAUGCAUGUGUCAUAACAAGUCAUAUCCAGUUCCAUAGUAUUUCAUUUUGUCUAAGAUUCUUCGUAUUUUUUUUCUUAUAGAUUUCCUUUGAGGAAUCAAAGAGUUUCAAGUUCUAAUUUAUCAUCUCUUUAAAGAUGAAAUUGGCGCUUGUGCUAAUAGGGUAAUGGGAUUUUUUAUAUAUGUGAUACGAAACUUGAUCAAGAAUGCUUGCAUGCUCAAGAAACCAAGAAAAACAAGCAUGUCCGGUUAUUUGAGAUUAAAAAUGAAA